AUGGAAACCGACCAUGCCCCGUCUGCCGAAGUGCCUCUCAUUCCUCUGGAUCCCCAAUGCGGAAUAUGCAACGAGAAAAUCGAUAAAGAGGUCGUCGUUACUGCUUUGAUAGGCAAACGUGAGCAUAUGACCUACCUUGGCCGUACCAUCAAGUUCCCCUUUCCGCUUUACGGCACUUAUAUACCUUCACCAGACGGCAUAGAUGCAUACCUCAACCGCAAGGCGCAAUCCUGCCCGCUUCCCCCGCGCCUGGCAUGCGAACGACUAUGGAAGGUGGCCAUUGCUAAACGCCCGUGGCCUCUCGGUUACCAAGACCUGCCAGCCUUCUCCCUUACCGGCGCGUAUCAUAUCCUUUGCUCAGAAGCAGUCAAAAAGGUUGCUUCAAUAUACAACAUUCUCCAGUUGACCACCUUCCCGACGGAACUGGUCGAGCGGAUUCGGUCAUACUCUUCAGGAGAACCCAUUUUCUGGAGGGCUGUCACGGCCUUGACAGUGGCUUUGUCUCUCUCCAUCUUCCCGACCAUUGAUGAACAACGCGUUGAACUAACCAAGUUAUGCCAUUGGGAAAGAGGGGGCACAAUACAAACUUCAGGUUCCGAAGGCCGCACCACCGAUGUCCUCCGCAUCACCUUCGAUAUAGAUGGAGUCCGCAAGAUUGAACGGUUUCCACGAUGGCCCACCUGCGAAAAGCAACCAAGGACAGAUGGAAGAUUUUCUUGGGUUGUAUUGGAAAUUGACGGCAACGAAAUCCGUGACAAAACGGCCUAUUGCCAAGACGGUCUCCUUCGAUUCAGCUUUGAUGACAACGGCCGUGCAUAUGUUCACGAGGAUUUACCCCUGAUCUGGGACACGCCUACACCUCCAAACCUAGAUAGCAUUGAGUACGUCGCGGACAAAUUCCUUUUUCCGAUUGCAGGGGGGCAUGGCGGCUCCUUUGCGGCGGGGCACUUGAUCAACCUCGACUCUAUAUCCGGCCUUACCUUCGUGUACGAGGGCAAAAUGCUCAUGGCAAUCCAUUCGCACUGUGGCGACGAGAUUAACAACUUCGGCAUUCCUGUCGGGUCCCGCAACAGUCAACAACAAGCCUGCUUCUUCCUUCCAGUCACUGAAAAUGACAAUAUUAUGGCCAUUGGUAUAGGAAACUUCCCAAGAGCGUUCGUAGUAGUUGUCAAGAAGCGCCUGUCUGGGCUUACUGUUAUUGGCUUGCCAUGCCCCAAUACCCUUACACCUCAGGAAUACUCGGAAAUGGUAUAUGAUGAUACAAGAUGGGAGUUUCUACAAGGACCCACACUGGACGACGAACAAUAUUUCCGGUCUUAUUUUUUCCAAUGGGGCGCGAAAGAGCCUCAGGCACUGCUAUAUGGUUUCUCCGGUAAGGAAAACAAGCUAGACUUGUUGGGAGGCUAUCGCUACGAUCCAUCUGAGAACUGGGUCGAUGGGGAAGAGGCGUUUAUGGAGCCGACGAUUCCGCAUCGCUGGCCCCCAACUAAUCUCAGUAGGGACAACCAGGAAGACCUCCUCUUCUAUACCUUUGCGCCUCUCUUGGGGGUUUCCGCUGUCCAGAUGUUUUACAGUAGGAGAUUCGUCCCCCGUGGAGGAGAGCCUUUUUGCUCAGGUAUCAUCUUCCACUACGAGGACGGAGGCUCAAAGGUGGUUGGGGAGGUUCGACUUAUCACGGACCGAGCUAGUAUUGCGGGUGAAACGAUUAUUAAUCCUAAGCAGAUAUGUUUGGAGGGUCCGGAACGUCAAACUCCCACCAGCCAGAGGAUUCACUUCUUGACGGAGACCGACAUCGAGAAAGGCGUACACCCCGUCAAGCCAUGUCCCUUCGGGAUUAAAUGUACUCGUUUUCCGCUAGUCCACGAAAGUAUUUGCUACCCUAUGGAAGGCACGAUUGACUGGUGGUUUACUGCGAGCGAAAGGAUGCUGGUGGAGAUACGGAAGCCCGAGCAGGUAGAUGUCCUGGAGGGAGAGUUAUCGGAACUGGGCACUGAUACCUACUGA